AUGAAGCUUAUGAAAAUCAUAGAAUAUAUAAAGAAAAAACUAAAACUUUUCAUGAUAAAUACAUUAGCAGAAAAAAAAUUGAUGUUGGACAAAAAGUGUGGUUAUAUGAUUCUAGGCUGAAAUUAUUCCCAGGAAAAUUAAAAUCAAAAUGGAAAGGGCCUUAUGUGGUGGAAGAGACAUAUGAUCAUAGGGCUAUAAUGAUUAAAGAUCCUAAAAGUGAUCAUAAUUUUAAGGUAAAUGGAUAGCGGCUUAAACAUCACUUAGAACAUAAAUGCCUUGUAGAAAAAAAAAAUUUAUUAUUAAAAAGAAAUUCAAGAGUAAGACCAAGAAGUUUAGUUGGAAAUAUUAAAUUCAGCGCUACAUGGAAGGCAACCCAUGGUUUUUAUUUCAUUCUGUUUGAUUUUUUUAAGCUCUGUGUUUCUUAGAAUUUUGUAGUACUUGUUUCUGUAUUUGUUUUUUUUUUUCGAAAAAGUGCAGGAGGAGUGUAAGAUGAAGUGGAAAUUAAAAACGAAGUUGAGGUGAUGUCUUUCUGAGCUUUAUCAUUUAUGAAAAUAUUUUUAAUGCUUAACUUUUCAGAUAUGCAUGCUUCACUUGAAAAUUAUAUUUUCUGCAUAUUUUGUUUCGAUUUUUAUGUGUCAUUGAGGACAAUGUCAUUUUUAAGUUGGGGGGUGAAGUAUUCAUUAUUAAUUUAUGCUGUAGGAUGAUUAAAAACAUGUGUUUGUAUUUUAUUCAACUUUGAACAGCAACUAAAAAAUAAAAAUAAAAUAAAAUUCGGAAAAACUACAACAUCUAUUUUCUGGUUUUCUAUCAGAAAUAAUAGACUGUCAAAAACAGCAGACAAAAAAUGGCCCGAAAUUGAAAAUUCUAGAGACCCUUUUCUCACAUUUCAAUCCCCUAGACAUAUAUUACUGAAAUUCGAAAUUAAAGCUAUAAAGAGGAUAGUUUUGAUUUAUUUUUGACAAAUUUAUUGUGCUAGAAAUAGAAUUGAAAACAGAAAAUAGAACUGUCAGAACUAUCUAAUUUACAAAUUUCUUACAUCAUAUUGCAUGCAUGAAAAAUUAAAUCAAUUAGAUUGAUUGAUACCAAAUAGAUACUAAGAAGAUUAUUAUUGAGUCAAAAGAAUGAUCUAGUAGCAUGAAAUGUUGGAAUACUCCUUGGAUACAUUAUAGAUAACAUGGAUUUGAUUUUAUAGAUUUUCACUUCAUGAUCUUGAUGGAUAGUAUUUACUUGAUGUGAAAAUUUGAUUGAUCAUUUGAGUUUAAUGGAGAUUUUUGCAUCUUGAUCUAUAGGACUUGUGAGGAGAAAUCACUUAUUUCGAAAAAAAAAAAGAAGAGAGGUGAAAAAUCUAGAAACGAAGAGUACACAUGGAGGGUGUGAGACAUCAUUCUCAUUGUCAAAAAUUGUGCAUAAAAAAACACUUGCUGAAAAAUAAGUGGAUAAGGUAAAAGUCCUGAAAAUGAAGAGUACACAUAGAAGUGUGAGACAUCAUUCUUAUUGUCGAAAUUCGUCUACAGGAAAAGCUACUUAUCCACUAUAUAUAUAAAAAAAAAAAGAAGGAAAAAAUAUAGUGCAAACUUCAAAAAUUAAGUCAUAGAAAAAGGGAAAUGUAAGAUCAAUAUUAUUCUUGGAUGAGUAUUGAUAAUUGGAACAUCUUGUAAAUACAUCUAUGAGUGAAGAAGUGAUAAAGAUGUGAAUAGAAGAAGUGAAGUCUAGAUUGUUAUUCCAAGGAGUGUUUAAACAUUUAAGUACUUGACAUCAUUCUUAAAUACUUGAUAUAAGAAUUCAAAGUGUUUAAAGGUGUAUCAUUUCUAAUUGUAUUUUUUUUUUCUGUAUUAAAAUAUGAUGUUUGAGAUUUGUAAAAUUUUAUUUUUGUAAUUCUAUUGCUAAGGGACUAGCAAUGAUUUAAGUUGGGGGGUGUGAUAAGUCUUCAUUAUCAUGAGUUAAUAAUUAGUAAAUAAUAUAAUUUUAGCCUUAACUCAUGAUAAAUAGACUUAUAUUUGUGUUAAAGUAUGAUUUGUGAUUUUCAGUUGAUUAAUGUGAAUUUUUGGGUAAUUAUGUGAUUUUAUACGAUUUUUAUAGUCUUACUUUUGAGAUAAAUGAAUAACAAGAAAUAAAAAUAAAAAUAUUGCAAAAUGGGAGGACCCGUCGGCCAGCCGGGCCCGCAAGCAAGUGAAAGUAUAGUCGGGGAGUAGCCACGAGCAGGGGCUCGAGUGGCUUAGCUUGGACCAAUAGGGGCACGUGUGUGCCACUCCCCUUCCACGUCACCGGUGGCCAGCCAGUUGUGGGGCAAGGAGUGGUCGUACACACAAGAGAAGGGACUUUGCUUAGAAAGCUAACAUUACUAUAUAUUUUCCUGAAAAAUCAGCGCACAACCGAUGUGGGACUAAACUCACAUCACACCUUCCUCAGAGGUGGGCGACCAGUGCGAGUUCAAAUCCUCCUAGAGUCAAAAUUCAUAUAUUUUUAUCUAAUUAUUGCGACUUUCCUGCAGAUCGCCGGUGAAGGAUUAAGCAACGAGAAUCGCUGGAUCAUCGACGAAAAUCUCGUCAAUGCGAUUCGCGGAGCAUUGCUACUAAAAUUGCUAAACAAUUUGCGAUAAAAGGAUUGUGAAUCCAUCGAGUAAAUCAUCUUCGAUUGAUCGACGAACAAGCUGUCGUCGAGAAGAGGACGAUCCAUCGGGAGAUGAGUCGCCACCUCUUGAGAGUGUACCGGAUGCGAUGAAGAGCCUCUUUUUACUGCGGGGACCUGAGGAUGAAGAUCCCUGACACACACCCCACCUCCAUCCAGCUCCUCUCUAUUGGUUGACAAUUGUCGGAGAGCCACAAAGUCACCUUUUUUCCGCUCGGCCACAUGACAGCCACUGGAGACGAUUCGACGACCCAUUUCACUCAUCUCUAGACUUCGCAAGAAGAUCUAGAGAUUGCCCACGUCGUCUUUGUCCAAGGAGAGCCUUCGAGGCCGUGGACACUACAAGACAAUCCUCCCGAACACUCAGGAUUCUGGUGCAUCGUCGACGCAUCACCGUCGCGACACCAGAACUCUAUUUUCCUGCUUUCAAUUUACUUUACGCUUCAUUUAGUGAUAAUUUUUGUGUUUUUAAUUUACCAAAAUAUACUUUGUUCAAUUACAAUUCUUCUGGCUUUUACAGAUCUUAAUUUGAUCAAUUAAAUCAUCUGUAAUCACUUACGUAAGAAUCACUGAGUGGAACUCUAUUUCUGCCCAAUUCGCGUUUGCUGGGCAGCUGACGUCAUCUUGACGUCUGCACCCUUACUUCCCUUUAUUGUGAAUUUUAAAUAUAUUUCCUUUUUAUUUCUUAGUAUAAAAUUCAUAGAAAAUCGUAUUCAUUGAGAAAAUUUUUGAAUAAUUACCAGAUAUUAUGUUACAUCCUUGUGAUCGACCUAGAAAAUUACCACUAUUUUUGAAAGUUUUAUUGAAUUAUAAUUGAUAUAUUUAUUUAGAAAUACUUCUAAAUAUCUGAAAAUUCGUAUUUUCUAGUUUUAUAAAUUUUAUAUUUGUGUGAUUUAAUAUACAACGACUGAGUCACGUCAAUAUACCAUGAUAAUGUUACUUGAUAAAGACAUUAGAGUACUUAUUUUAAUCUCUCUUAUACAAACAAGCAACCAGUGUAGAUUUAAAUCCUCCUAGAGCCAAAACUCAUAUUUUUUAUCUGAUUAUCAUAACUUUCUUGCAGAUCGCAAGUGAAGAAUUAAACUAUUAGAAUCGCUAAAUCAUUGACAAAAUUUUUGUUAACAUGAUUUAUGAAACAUUGUUACUAAAAUUAUUGAACAAUUCACGAUAAAAAGAUCGUGAAUUCAUCAAGUAAAUCAUCUCUGAUUAAUCGACGAAUAAGUUAUUGUUGGGAAGAGGACGAUCUUCUAAGAGAUAAAUCAUCACCUCUUGAGAGUGUACUAGAUGCGAUGAAAAGUCUUCUCUUGCUGCACGGACCUAAAGAUGAAGCUCCCUAAUAUGUGCCUCACCUUCAUCCAGCUCUUCUUCAUCAGGUGACAAUUACUAGAGAGCCGCAAAGUUGUCAUUUUUCCACUCCACUAGGUGACAGCCGCCAAAGAUGAUUCGACGACCCAUUUCAUUGAUCCCUAAAUUUUGUAAGAAGAUCUAGAGAUUGCCCAAGUCAUCUUUGUCCAAAGAGAGCCUUUGAGGUUAUAAACAUUAUACGACAAUGUUCUCAAACACUCAAGAUUUUGAUGCAUCAUCGAUGUAUUGUCAUUGUAAUGUCAAAACUUUGUUUUCCUACUUUCAACUUAAUUCUCACUUCAUUUAGUAAUAAUUUAUGUGAUUUAAAUUUACCAAGCUAUAUUUCAUUCAAUUACGAUUUUUUUAGCUUUUAUAAAUCUUAAUUUGAUCAAUUAAAUUGUAUGUAAUCACUUACGUAAGAAUCAUCGGGUGGAACUCUAUUUCUAUCUAAUUUGCGUUCAUUGGGUGCUGAUGUCAUCUUGACGUCUACAUCCUUAUUUCCUUUUUUCAUGAAUUUUAAAUAUAUUUUAUUUUCAUUUUAUAGUAUAAAAUUUAUAAAAAAUUAUAUUCUUUGAGAAAAAUUCUGAAAACUUACCUGAUAUUAUAUUACAUUUUGUGAUCGACUUUAAAAAUUACUACUAUUUUUAGAAAUUUUAUUAAAUUUUAAUUGAUAUAUUUGUUGAGAACUAGUUCUAAAUAUCUAAAAAUUAGUAUUUUCUAAUUUUAUAAAUUUUAAUUUUACAUGAUUUACUAUACAACGACUAAGUCACGUCACUCUUCAAUGGGAGAACUUUCUAAAAGGUGUGGUGGUUGCAACCUCCCCACUCUUCAAGAGGAGAGUCCUUAGAAGGUGUGAUGGUUCCAACUUCUCACACUUCAAGAGGAAAGUCUUUAGAAGGCGCAAUGGUUGUAACUUACUACUACUCAAGGAGGGAGUCUCUAGAAGGUGCGAGGGUUCUUAAUCCCUCAAGAGUGUUGGUUGAUGCAUAUAAAUAAGAGAGAUAGAGAGUCUAAGAGGACAUCAUUAGAAGUUAGGUGAUAAGUCUUCAUUAUCAUGAGUUAAUAAUUAGUAAAUAAUAUAGUUUUAGCCUUAACUCAUAAUAAAUAGACUUAUAUUUGUGUUGAAGUGUGAAAACUGGUUUCAGUUGAUUAAUGUGAAUUUUUGAGUAAUUAUGUGAUUUUAUAUAAAUUUAUAUAAUUUUUACAGUCUUAGUUUUGAGAUAAAUAAAGAAAAAUAAAUAAAAAUAAAAAUAAAAUAAAAUAGAGGGGACCCGUCGGCUAGCUGGGCCCACAAGCAAGUCAGAAGCACAAUCGUGGAGUAGUUGUGAGUAGGGGCUCGAGCGACUUAGACCGAUAGGGGCACGUGUGCACCACUCCCCUUCCAUGUCACUAGUGGCCAGCCGACUGUGGGGCAAGAGUGGUUGUACGCGCAUGAGAAAGGGACUUACUUGCAAAUGUAAAAUUACUAUAUAUUCACCUGAAACUUUGACUCACAAGCAAUGUGGGACUAAACCUGCGUCACACCUUCCCCAAAAAGGGGUAGGCAACUAACAUGGGUUCAAACCCUCCUAGAGCCAAAACUCAUUUUUUUUUAUCUGAUUAUCACAACUUUCCUAUAAAUUGUCAGUGAAUUAUUAAGUUGCUAGAAUCGCUGGAUCAUCGACGAAAAUCUCAUCAAUGCGAUUCGUGAAGUAUUGUUACUAAAAUUACUAAAUGAUUUACGAUAAGAGGAUUGCGAAUAUAUCGAGUAAGGCAUCUUCGAUUGAUCGACGAACAAGCCAUUGUCGGGAAGAGGACGAUUCAUUAGGAGACAAGUUGUCACCUCUUGAGAGUGUACUGGAUGCGAUGAAGAGCCUCCUCUUGUUGUGCAAACCCGAGGAUGAAACUCCCUAACAUGUGCCUCACCUCCAUCCAGCUCCUCUUCGUCAGGUGACAAUCGUGAGAGAGUCACAAAGUCACCAUUUUUUUGCUCCGCCAGGUGACAAUAGUUGGAGACAAUUCGACAACCCAUUUCAUUGAUCUGUAGACUUCGCAAGGAGAUCUAGAGAUUACUCAUGUCAUUCUUGUCCAAGGAGAGCCUUUGAGGCUAUGGAUACUACACAAUGAUCCUCUUGAAUGCUUAGGAUUUCGGUGCAUUUCGAUGUAUCACUAUUGUAACAUUAGAAUUUCAUUUUUCUACUUUCAACUUAAUUUUCACUUUAUUUACUGAUAACUUGUGUGAUUUAAAUUUACUAAGAUAUACUUCAUUUUAUUAUAAUUCUUCUAGAUUUUAUAGAUUUUAAUUUGAUCAAUUAAAUCAUCUAGAAUCACUUACGUAAGAAUUUUCAGGUGGAAUUCUAUUUUCGCUCGAUUUGUGUUCGCCAGGUGCUGACAUCAUCUUGACGUUUGCACCCUUAUUUCCCUUUUUUGUGAAUUUUAAAUAUAUUUUAUUUUGAUUUCUUAGUGUUAAAUUUAUAGAAAAUAAUAUUCUUUGAGGAAAAUUCUAAAUAAUUACCUGAUAUUAUAUUACAUCCUUGUGAUUGACUUGGAAAAUUAUCGCUAUUUUUAGAAGUUUUAUUGAAUUAUAAUUAAUAUAUUUGUUCAGAAAUAUUUCUAAAUAUCCAAGAAUUCAUAUUUUCUAGUUUUAUAAAUUUUAAAUUUGCAUGAUUUACUAUACAAUGACUAAGUCACAUCAUUAGGGCUAGAUUAAGAACCACCUACAUCAUUUUUUUAGAUAGAUAUGUAUGAGAACUUCAUGAUGUCAUUAAGACAAUCAUAGUUGUAAGUCUUUUAUUUUUCAUCAGUUCAAGCACACUUUGUUCUUUGUGAAAUUUUCUUCUUCUUCUAUUACAACUCUUGUCCAAAUUUUAAAUUCAAAUCUCUAUUCAUUGUCAACUCGAUUUUCUUUUAUUUUCAAAUUCAUACUUGAAUGAAAGGAUGUGAUCCUUCUCCAUAUGAUAUGAAAAGGAUGCAAUGUUCUUGCUAUAAUCAGGAUUCAAUACACAUUGAUAAAAUAUUCAUAGCUUAGAUUCAUUCCAAGUGGCUUAGAUCCUUGCAUUCCCUCUAUGUGACAUGGAUGGAAUGUAAAGAUUAUCAUUACAAAUUUCAUGUGAAUUUACAAUUCAUUUUAUUCUUGAUCUUGAUUCCAAUUUCGAAUUUAGUUAACAUGUUGUUCCAUUUAAUUCAUUUCUUCUGUUAUUUUUUUCUAAAAUUACUUCCUAUAUUUUAACCUUCAAUUUUUUACUUAUGUUUGCAUUAAUUUCCUUUAGAGUUCCAUUGAAUAUAGUUUAAAUCUUUAUUACUUACAGUCUUUUAUUUUUCUCUUCUUCCCCUUGUUGUGACAUAAGGAGAGGAAAAUAGAUUAUCAAUUAUUUGAUUUUACUUUUCACAUCAAUUUUAAUUGUUUUUAGAAUUUUAAUUACUUCAUUUAGACAUUAAUCUCUUUUAGAGGUUUAAUAUUUUCAUAUCUAGGAAUUAAUCACCUAAAAUCUUUUCAAUAAUUCAUAUUCUUAGGAAAAUAGGAGAGAACCUACUCUAAUAGCACUAUUCCUAAGGAGAUAAUCAAACUCACUAAUUAUACUAAAAUAUAAUUAGGGAUGAUGUUAGUAUAACUAAUAAUAAUAAAUAAGUAAAUAAUUAAAUACUAAAAUUGAGUGUUCUUUUGUCAACGACUAGAAUACACCAUUUAGCUACACCUAGACUCUAUCAUUUCUACAUAUCAGAAACUAUCUAUUGCAUGUCCUAAUUUGUGGGUUAUCCUUAUUUCUUAGAUUGCUUCAUUUUUACAAUACAUAUCAUUGAUAUAGAGAUAGUUUAGAGUUAUUUGAUCUCCUCACACUCAUAGAGGAAAAAUAAUGGUUUAUACCAUUCAAGGCAAAAUAUGUGUGGUUCCUCUUAACAUGACCCAGCUCUACUUCUAAUUGGCAUCAUGACCUUCGAUAUAGGGCAAGAGCACAUCAUCAUUUGAUGGCUGAGUGAGCUUACAUAUGUUAAAAAUAGUUGAGAUGUCUUCAAUAUCUUUAAGCUCCUCAUUUAAGUGCUCUAAACUAUAUCUAGAGCUGCCCAAUGUAACUACUGAAUUUAAACUCACUCGGAGAAAUCUCCUCUAAACUAAGGAAUAGGAUGCAAUCAUAAAAAUAUAGAUGUGGAGUACAGUGACACCAGAAGUGAAUGUGAACUACCUAUUUCUACCCACAUAAAAAGAUAUUUGAAAGUAAACAAAUCAAACAUUCUCAAAAGGGGAUGAUGAAGUCGAGAUAUACAAAACUAUCAUCCAAGCUUCUAGUGUGAUGUAAAGUAGUAGAACAACCUGAUAAAUGCGCCCACAAUUCCAUGCAUUUGAUAUGAGUUUAACCAUCUACAUCCUGAAUUUAUCAUUUUAUCAACUAAAUUAUGUGAAUAUUCUUGAACUUUAUAUGAAUAUUAUUCUAUACAUAUUAUGGUUGUUUUUGAUUGACUAUGCUUGACUUCUAUGAAGUCAAGUAAUUUUAUUACUGAUGAAUAUUCUCAAGUUCCAUGUGUGUAGAAAUUUACAAGAGCUAAAUGGAAUAACUACCAAUAGGCUGGAGCUCUCGAUGGGAUUUUAAAGCUUAUUUGUUGGGCCAGAAUGGACCAUUUCUAAUUUUUGGCUUCAAGAGGAGCACGAAAUUCAGGUCAUGGAGAGCUCUCAACUAAUCAGAGAAAAAAGGAAGAAAUGGCAUGAAGAAAAGUUGAUAAAUGAUAAGAGGGCAUUUUAGUAAUUAUACCCCAUAUAUAAAUACUCUCUUCCUCUCUCUUUCCCACCCUAUUCUAGACAUGCUCUAGUAGUGGCUAGCUAGCAGGACAAGGUAUUUUCCAAGAUCCAAGGUAUCCACCCUAAUAGAUGUAAGUCAUUUUGAAGCGUUCACCCUUGUUCUUCCCCUUCUUGCAGUGAAAAAUAUCAUAUCCUGGCGGAAUAUAAGGAUCCUAAAGGAGGAAGAAAUCUUGAGGACUCAAAAUACAAACAUCAGCACCAAUCUUUUCUCUAUACCUCUAAACCGUCCUCCUCCUUCCACCAUCUCCCAUUGCUCUAUCUUCCAUUCUGCCUCCUCCAGCCGCUCCACAUUUUCCUCUAUUGUUGCCCACCAUUCCUUCUCUCUCUGCCUUCUCUUGUAACCCUCUUCUCUCCCUACCAUUGGGCCUGUGUAAGAUUCGAGUGGCCACCGCUCACUGCCAUGCAUCUGUCGACAGCCACUGCGUGCCCACCACCCUCUCUCUCUCUCAGCUUACAUACAUAACCGAAAUUCCCAAAUUUUGGUUAAGUUUGGAGGCAGUCAAGGGGGGCCUGCAUAACCCCUUGCCCCGACCACUCACUUAGCUGCCAACCGCCAACUGCACACAAGGUAAAAUUAAUUAUUUCUUUUUGCAUUUUUAAAAAAGAGAGCAAAUUAAAAAUUGAGACAAAUACUAAAAAAAAUGCGAAUUAAUCUUUUGCUGCAUUUUCUACACUAAGUAAAAUUACAAAAAUUUCUAGAAAAAAUCUAUUAAGCUAUCUAAAAUCUUGAAAAAAAAGUCCCAAAGAAUGAAUUCCUAACUUCUAAAUCUAUUUCUACCACUUCAAAGACUCAAAGAUCUGAAAUUGAACUCCUACCUCCCUGUGGAUCAACUCCUUGCCCUAUGUUUGAUAUAGAGUAAUUAAGUGAAAACUUUCUAUAAAUAAGGUUGGUUAAAUCUGAAUUGAAACAGUGACACAAAAACCCCUAAAUUUAGAUUUAUCAAUUGGCGCCAUUCCUAGGGAGGCAAGCAAAUUUAGUUUCUGAUUUUUUGGAGUCUGAAAAUUUUUCUUGUCUUUCACAUUUUCUAUUUUUGAGUGAACUAUUAAGUAUAGGGAAUUUUCUCAAAGGAGAAGAAUGAGAGGGCAAUGUUUGGUGACUUCAAACCUUUUCUUUUAAGACUUUUUUUGCAUUAUUUUCUGGUCUUGACUAUGUAUGCAGAGUAGAAGGUCUAAACGACCCCCUCUAAUGAGCUUGGAAAUAGUGGGAAAAUAUCAACAUUUUGAGGAGAUUGUUGAGGAAACGAUUGAGAAGUCUAAGGAAAGGUUUGAGGAGAUGGGUGAAGUGCCUAACAAUCAGAACAGAGUGAUGAGACUUAAAGAGUUUUAUGAACGAGUUGAGAGCCAAGCUCAGCUCAAAAUCUAUGGCCCCAUAGAUGUUAAUGUCAACUUCAAGAUUGACCCUCACCUCUACUAAAUUUUACCUUCAUUUUAUGAGAAAAUGAAUGAGGACACUUAUGCUUAUCUUUAUAAGUUUAUUGAGAAAUGUGAUUCUUCUAAUAUUGCCUCAAAUGCUUUAAAAAUGGGAAUGUUCCCAUUUACAUUGAAGGACAAGGCCAAGGAUUGGUUCAAAACUGUGGGGAUAAUCAAAAAUUGAGAAGUGUUUCCUUCAAAUGUUUUAGUUAGUAGGAAAGGCUAAUACUUAUAGGAAAGCCAUUAGAGAUUUUUCUCAAUGGAGUGAUUCAUUCAGCGAGGCAUGGGAUAGAUUAAAGGAAACCAAGAAGUGCCCUCAACAUGGCAUCCUUGAAUGGAAAAUUGUUCAGAUAUUCUAUGAAGGGGUAUAUGAUCAUGAGAGGAGGUUACUUGAUAUUGUUAGUGGUUGAACAUUCAUAGAUAAAACAAUAGAUGUAGCCACUAGUAUUAGUGACAAGCUUGUAGACAGUUGAAUUUAUCAACAAGGUUUGAGCCAUAAUGGGAGUAAUAUAGAGCUCAAGCGUGGAGGAUUGAUCGACGUGAAGGUAGUGGAACCUGAUAUGUGGAAGGAUAGGAUGGAACAGGAUUUAGGGAAAGUAGGUAAGGUUGUGGAGGAGCUUUCCUAACAUGACUUAGUCGUUGUAUAGUAAACCACGCAAAUUUAAAAUUUAUAAAACUAAAAAAUACGAAUUUUAGAUAUUUAAAAAUAUUUCUAAAGAAAUAUAUCAAUUAUAAUUGAAUAAAAGUUGUAAAAAUAAUGGUAAUUUUCCAAGUCGAUCACAAGGAUGUAAUAUAGUAUCAAGUGAUUAUUCAGAAUUUUUCUCAAAGAAUACUAUUUUCUAUGAAUUAUAUACUAGAAAAUGAAAAGAAAAUUCAUUUAAAAUUCUCAAAAAAGGGAAAUAAGGGUGCAGACAUUAGGAUGAUGUCAGCACCCAGCGGACGUAAAUCGAGUAGAAAUAGAGUUCUACUUAGCAAUUCUUAUGUAAGCGAUUAUAGAUGAUUUAAUUGCUCAAAUUAAAAUUUAUAAAAGCCGGAAGAAUCGUAAUUAAAUGAUGUAUAGGUUGGUAAAUUUUAAAUCAAAAAAUUAUCACUAAAUGAAGUAAAAAUUAAGUUGAAAGAAAGAAAACAGCGCUUCAGCGUCGCGGUAGUGAUGUGUUGGCAAUACACUAGAAUCUUGAGCAUUCAAGAGGAUUGUCGUGUAGUGUUCACGGCCUCAAAGGCUCUCUUUGGACAAAGACCACGUGAGCAAUCUCUAAAUCUCCUUGUGAAGUUUAGAGAUCAAUGAAAUGGGUCAUCAAAUCGUCUACGAUGGCUGUCACUCGGUGGAGUAGAAAAAUAACAACUUUGCGGCUCUCCAGUGGCUAUCACUCAACGAGAAGAGUUGGAUGGAGGUGGGGUGUGUGUUAAGGAGCUUCAUCUUCAGGUUUGUGUAGUAAGAGGAGACUCUUCAUCGCAUCUGAUACAUUCUUAAGAGGUGUGAUAAGUUUUCAUUAUCAUGAGUUAAUAAUUAGUAAAUAAUAUAGUUUUAGCCUUAACUCAUGAUAAAUAGACUUAUAUUUGUGUUAAAGUAUGAUUUGUGGUUUUCAGUUGAUUAACGUGAAUUUUUGGGUAAUUAUGUGAUUUUAUACAAUUUUUAUAGUCUUACUUUUGAGAUAAAUGAAGAAUAAGAAAUAAAAAUAAAAUAUUGCAAAAUUGGGGGGACCCACCGGCCAACCGGGCCCGCAAGCGGGUCGGAAGCACAAUCGGGGAGUAGCUGCGAGUAGGGGCUUGAGCGGCUUAGCUUUGACUAAUAGGGAGACAUGUGCGCCACUCCCCUUCCACGUCACCGGUGACCAGCCAGUUGUGGGGCAAGGAGUGGUCGUACACACGAGAGAAGUCACUUUGCUUUAAAAGCUAACAUUACUAUAUAUUCACCCGAAAAAUCGGCGCACAACUGAUGUGGGACUAAACCCGCGUCACAGCUUCCUCAAAGGCGGGCAAUUGCCGCAAGUUUGAAUCCUACCAAAGUCAAAAUUCAUAUAUUUUUAUCUGAUUAUCGCGACUUUCCUGUAGAUCGCCGGUGAAGGAUUAAGCAACGAGAAUUGCUGGAUCAUCGGCGAAAAUCUCGUCAACGAGAUUCGCGGAGCAUUGCUACUAAAAUUGCUGAACGAUUCGCGAUAAAAGGAUCGCGAAUCCAUCAAGUAACUCAUCUCCGAUAG